AUGAUUGAUAAGAACCACUCGGGAGUAAUUGCUACGAAACUGAACGAGUAUGGGACCAUCAAAAUGCUCCAGAAUAAUAAAACUGUUAUUUCAGCAAUAUGGAAAGAAUUCGGGAAGGAAUAGGAGAUAAACUUGGAGUACUUCUUCGCGGAGUUGCAAUGCUCAUCUCCGCUUUUGUAGUUUGCUACAUCUACGAAUGGCGGCUUGCAAGUAUGAUGUUGGGAGUUGCACCAGCAUGUGUCGGCUGCAUGUCUCUGAUGGCAAGAGUACGUAACACUUUUUUCAGAAUAUAGAUUCAUUGUAAACAUUUUCAGCAACUGACCGCAACAACCGUGAAAGAGCUUGGUGGAGUUGAAAAGGCAGGAUCGAUUGCAGAAGAGUCAUUGAUGGGUGUGAGAACUGUGCAAGUCUUCAACGGACAAGAAGAGAUGGUCGAGCGAUACAGAGUGGAACUGAAUAAAGGACGAAAGUUCGUCAUCUGGAAAAGAUUCUGAAGCAGUCUCUUUCUAGGGGGGGAACUAUCCCUAUUCCACUUCCGAACUAAGAUGGCGCUGGUCGGUCAAGAGCCCCGAUUGUUUGCAGGCAUCAUCAAAAAAAAACAUUUGUCUGGACUUGGAAAACGUGAGAACACAAGUCAACAAACGAUGAAAACGUAAUGAAACAAACUUCAGGUUCCAAUGGAAAAGAUCAAUCAGGCACUGGAAUUGGCAAAUGCCAAUCGGUUCUUGGCUAAUCUUCCAGCCGGAAUAGACACGCAUGUGGGAGAGAAAGGAUCGAAAUUGUCUGGAGGACAGAAACAGAGAAUUGCCAUUGCGAGAGCAUUGGUCAGAGAUCCAAAAAUUCUGCUUCCGGAUGAAGCGACUUUUGCUUUGGAUUCUGAGUCCGAAAGGGUACGCAAUUUCAUAAUGUAUUCAAUUUGUGAUAUAAUACUUUCAGGCAGUCCAAGAAGCUUUGGAUUGCGCAAGAGAAGGCCGUACAUGCAUCACAAUCGCCCAUCGUCUGUCUUCAAUUCAAAACUCCGAUGUUAUUGUGUACAUUGAAAAUGAAAGGCUUCAAGAUUUCGAAAACCACAAGCAACUGAUGCAAACAAAGGGCAAAUACUAUGAACAUAUUCAAAAACAAGAUUUGCGUAUCUCAAUUUCCAAUUUGUUGUACAUGUAAAAACUUCACUUCAAUUAGAUUUAUUUUCACAGAUAGUAAUAAACGGUUUGCUACAAAGUGCAUCGAAGAACUAUGUAUAAUCACAAAACAGUAAGGAAAAUGAGAGCAAAGAUGAGAUCAACGUGUGAACAUUCAGAACGUUUGUGACUGAUCUCUGCGACCGCACAACACGGACAACUAGAAUAAACUCUCUCUCUCACAAACCGACCAGCGAUUUCGUCGAAAUUCUGAUCACCCGAGCUGGUGUCAAAAGAAACGUUGUUCCUUGUAAAUCAACAUUCCUCACCUACAACACUAUUUUUGAUUCUUGUCAGAUCUUCUACUGUUUGCUCUGACACAAUGGCAACGGUCGCAAAAUUUGUAGCGAGCGUAGUUGCCGUAGUUCAUGUGCUCUUGCACUAAAAAGUUAGUUGGAUGUGAAAAAGUCCAAAACGAACACCAGGAUUCAGGAACAGUGUGUUUCAAGCGUCAAAUCAGUUUUAAACGUGGUGUGAACGCUUUAAGACUAAGAUGAAUUAAAAUAAAGAGGAAUAGAGAAUAGUCCUGGUGGUUGUCACAAAAAAGAUAAAACAAACAGAGAAUCACAAAACGUUAGAUGAAAAGCUAAUGUUGCGCGACUGUGUGUAAAGAUGUGUUCUUUGGAGGUUACGACUUUCAAAAUGAUUGGGUAUAAUGAUCAGUUUUAGUAAAUUUUCAGAUAGUUGCAGAGUUCCAGAUUUCCAGUGGAUGCCUCCACACCAAAUGUUUGGAAACUUUCAGAGAACUCUUCAUUCUUCAGAAGUUUGAAUUGUUUUCCAACGUCUGAACACAUUUUUAUCCAGAACAAUCCUGAAUCUUAACCAUUGAAAAUUCUGAAAUUUUCCGAGACUCUGCCCUCUGCGCUCUCUGGAUCAACACUACAUGGGUGGCCAUUGUCGUCACUGUUCUCCAUAAAAAGUCAAUCUUUUCGGACUUUUUUCGAGCACCUCAAUCCUCUGCCGUCGCUAAUUAGUGCAUCCUCGAAAGCGAUGACAAUUAGUCUGCGAACCGAACUGGUUUCCCCCCGUUGUCGUCUGCCAACGGAAGCCCGAUUCGUUUGCCCACAAACCACGCCGUCUCUGCGUCUCCGUUGCCCGCCAGUACUGUCUCGUCAAACAGUCUACAGUAAGCCGCCCGAGAAACAUGGCCAUGUCGUGUGCUCAUUUCACAAGUAAAAUUUUGGUACGUCGUACGCCAGCACCUUUUUGACAAAUAAACGUCGUGUGCGGCUCCUCCUCCCUCCCCUUCUCCUCCUGUGUGCUACAGAACGAUACUUAAGGAACGGGUGUAAAUUGGCAAGACCAUUGCUCCCAACUCCAACGGCACAACCUGCACUACAGUUCUGCUCCUUUCUUUUCCCUUUCUUGUUCAGUAUUUGGUUACUCGACAUUACUUUUUAGUACUGCUCAUUAGAAAUUCAAUCUCAUUCAUAAAUUCUCUAGCAAAACCAGAAAACCAAAUUAUUCUAGAAAUUGUGUCGGCUUUUCCGUAAUUCGUUAUUUCUCUAAAUUUUUUUAAAGUUGCCAAACUGAUAUUCCAUUUUUAGGACGUAAAUGAACGAAUAAUCAAACAUGGCCCCAAAAGACGAUCCCGAUAUUAGGGGAUUCGACGAUCAGCGCCGUCCCUCUCAGAGGAGUACGGUGCUCGCAAUUCCAGCGCUUGCGGUGAACGAUCCCAAAAUCAGCGACAUACCCGCCAACUAUGUCGACGACGACGAAGAUGCUCCACAACUUUAUACUCCGUCAUUCCUCGAAAAAAUUCUCAACUACGCGUUGUGCAGAGGAGAUAUUGCCAAUCAGCAACUCGAAGCCCAGCCGGUCUCCAUUGCUGGAUUGGUGAGUUUUUCCUGGUAUCAAGCGCUGCUAGCUAUUUGCGUACCAUGCCAUUGACAUUAUUUGAACAAGUAUCAAAAAGAAACUUCUUUGAGUUCGCAACGGUUUCCCUUGCCCUCUCCCCCAUUUCCGACAAGUGCGCAAAAAACAAAUACGCGCACACAGUAGUUUUGUGGUCUUUAGUUUGCUCAGUAGGGGGGAGCAUAAGUUUAACAACUUGUACAUGAGAUUAACACAAACUUAUAUCAAAUUGUGAGAACUGAAGUGAGAACUGGUUUUCUGUUUCAGUUCCGAUAUGGAAAGAAGUUCGACUAUUUCCUUCUGUUCAUCGGAGUCAUUUGCGCAAUCAUUUCCGGAGUAUCCCAGCCGAUUUUGGCCCUUGUUUCGUGAGUGAAUUGCUGAAGAAAACUGGUUUAUAAAGUACUGUAUUUCAGCGGUCGUGUUACCAACGCUCUUCUCAUCUACGCGCCAACAAGCAAGGAAUUCCGAAACAAAGCAAACGAAAAUGUGUAUAUCUUCCUUGGAAUCGGUAUUUUUGUAUCCGCCACCAACUUCAUCCAGUACAUGUGUUUCCAACACUGUUGUACUAGAGUUAUGGCUCAAAUGAGACACCGAUUCAUUUACUCGAUUCUUCGACAAAACGCCGGAUGGUUCGAUAAGAACCAUUGCGGUACCAUUACGACGAAACUGAACGACAGUAUGGAGAGAAUCCGCGAGGGUAUCGGAGAUAAGCUCGGAGUGCUUCUCAGAGGAUUCGCCAUGCUCAUCGCUGCUAUCGUAGUCGCGUACAUCUACGAAUGGAGACUUGCCUCCAUGAUGCUUGGAGUGGCUCCUACUUGCUGCAUUUGUAUGUCUCUUCUUGCCAGAGUAAGCCUCCGACCCUAAAAUUUUAAUUAUGUACGUUUUGUUUAGCAAAUGACCUCAACCACAAUCAAAGAAUUGGUCAACGUUGGAAAAGCAGGAUCAAUCGCUGAAGAAUCAUUGAUGGGAGUGAGAACUGUUCAAGCAUUCAACGGACAAGAGGAAAUGGUUGGACGGUACGAGGCUGAAUUGGAGAAAGGAAGAAAGUAUGCCGUGUGGAAAGGAUUCUGGAGUGGAUUCUUCGGAGGAAUGUUCUUUUUCUGGCUCUUCUCCUUCCUGGGUUCCGGUCUUCUUUACGGAGCGUACCUUCUCAAAGUUGGAAUCAUCAAGACCCCCGGAGAUGUUUUCAUUUGUGUCAUGUCCAUGCUUCUUGGUGCGUACUUCCUCGGUCUCAUCUCUCCACACAUGAUGGUACUUCUCAAUGCAAGAGUAUCCGCUGCCACCAUCUACCAGACCAUUGAUCGCAUUCCGAAGAUUGAUCCUUACUCGAAAGCCGGAAAAAGACCACCAAAUGUCACUGGAAGAGUGACUUUUGAAAAUGUGCACUUCCGGUAUCCAAGUCGAAAAGAAGCAAAGAUUCUUAAUGGCCUCAAUCUGGUCGUCGAACCAGGAACUUCCGUUGCUCUCGUUGGACAUUCCGGAUGCGGAAAAUCAACAUCUGUUGGUCUACUCACAAGAUUAUACGAACCGGAAGGAGGAAAUGUGAUGAUUGAUGGAACCGACGUCCGUGAGCUCAACAUCGAAUGGCUCAGAAACACGGUCGGUAUUGUGCAACAGGAGCCGAUUCUGUUUAACGACACUAUCCACAAUAACCUUCUUAUUGGAAAUCCGAGUGCAACCAGAGAAAAGAUGAUUGAAGUCUGCAAGAUGGCGAAUGCUCAUGACUUCAUUGAGAAGAUGCCGAAGGGAUACGACACACUCAUUGGAGAUGGAGGAGUUCAGUUAUCCGGAGGACAAAAGCAGAGAGUUGCCAUUGCCAGAACUCUGAUUCGUGAUCCAAAAGUCCUUCUGCUCGAUGAAGCCACAUCUGCUCUUGAUGCUCAAAGUGAAAGUGUCGUGCAAUCUGCUCUCAACAACGCAUCCAAAGGAAGAACCACCAUCAUGAUUGCUCACAGACUCUCCACUAUUCGUGAAGCUGACAAGAUUGUAUUCUUCGAGAAAGGAGUCAUUGUUGAAAGCGGUAACCAUGAGGAGCUGGUCCACUUGGGAGGAAGAUAUUAUGAUUUGGUGAAGGCUCAACAAUUCAAGGCUGAUCCAGAAGCGACUGAGGAGUUUGAAGAAGAAGAAAUUGAUUUAGAGUGAGCAUUUUCCCAUAUCUUCUUAUUCUUUAUGUAUCUGUUGCAGUGAAACUAGCCAUAGCUCAAGACGGUCAUCUAUGGUGAGCUCGACGAGAUCUGGUGCCGAAGCGUUCAAAAGAGGAAACUCUCUGAAUGACUCCUUUGCUGGGUCUAGACAUUCUGCAAGAGCCGACGCGGAGAACGAUGCAUUCGCUGCCCGUGAAGCUGAAAUCAUGGAGCAUGACGGACAAAUCACUGCUGGAUACCUGGACAUCUUCAAGAAUGCAAAGGGAAACUACUUCUACAUGUUCUUGGGAGUUGUCAGCGCCCUGAUCAGAGGUCUCGAGCUGCCGGCACUGGCUCUUCUGUUCGGUUGGGUCUUCGAAGGAUUCACAUUUGUACCAUACGGUGGACGAAUGAUGCACAGAAUGGUCAUGGCCCUCAUUGCCUUUGCACUCGUCGGAUUUGGAGUAUUUUUGUCUCAGCUUGCCAGUGUAAGUAUCUCAUUUCCUAUUUCAUUAAUCCAACUGUCUCUUUUACAGUCGAUAUUCUUUGCAAUCGUCUCCGAGAACUUGUCGAUGCGUUUCCGUGUUCAAUCAUUCCAAAAUCUUUUGUAUCAAGACGCGUCAUUCUUUGACAACCCGGCCCAUGCUCCAGGAAAGCUCAUCACUCGUCUGGCAUCCGAUGCCCCCAACAUCAAGGCUGUGGUCGACGCUCGCAUGCUCCAAGUCAUCUAUGCGCUUUCUGCAAUCAUAGCCAACAUCGUCAUCGCUUUCGUGUACUGCUGGCAGAUUGGAAUUCUUGGAACAUCGCUCAUCCUUCUACUUGCCGCCACCAUGAUCGGACUCGCCUACAAGAUCUCUGUCAUGAACAUUCAACAAAUCAAGAACGACGAGGCCGGAAGAAUCGCUAUCGAAAUCAUUGAGAAUGUGAAAACCAUCCAACUUCUCACGAGAUGCGACAUGUUCUUUGAACAUUAUCAGACUGCAUCGAAACAGCAGAAGAGAUCCGAGCUCAAAAAGGGACUGAUUGAAGCUGUCAACUACAGUAUCUCUCAAACCUUCAUGUAUUUCAUGAUGUGUUUCUGUUACGCAGUCGGUAUCCGGAUCAUCUACCAAGGAGACAAGUCCUCUGAAGUCACGUUCAAGGCAAUCAUUGCUAUGAUGUUGGGAGCUGUCGCUGUCAUGAACUCUGCACAGUACUUCCCAGAAUUCGUGAAGGCCAAGACUGCAGCCGGUAUGCUGUUCAACAUCAUCUACCGCAAACCGAGAACUGGAGACUUGAUGGAGGGAAGCCAAGCCGACAUCAGAGGAAACAUUCUGUUCGAAGAUGUCAAGUUCUCUUACCCACAGAGACCAAAGCAACCAAUCAUGAAAGGUCUCCAAUGGACUGCUCUCCGCGGACAAACUGUCGCUCUUGUGGGACCGUCCGGAUCCGGAAAGAGUACUUGCAUCGGAAUGCUCGAAAGAUUCUACGACGUCACUGGAGGAGUACUUCGAAUUGACGGACAAGAUAUCCGACAACUAUCUUUGCACCACCUCAGAACUCAGAUGGCGCUGGUCGGUCAAGAGCCCCGAUUGUUUGCAGGAACUAUUCGUGAGAACGUGUGCCUGGGAUUGAAGGAUGUACCACUCGAAAAGAUCAACCAAGCUUUGGAACUGGCCAACGCCAACCGAUUCCUUGCAAACUUGCCGGCUGGUAUUGAUACUGAUGUGGGAGAGAAAGGAUCGCAACUUUCCGGAGGUCAGAAACAGAGAAUUGCCAUUGCGAGAGCACUUGUCAGAGAUCCGAAGAUCCUUCUGCUCGACGAAGCGACUUCUGCUUUGGAUUCUGAAUCUGAGAGGGUAAACCACUCUUCAAACGUUUCACGAUAUAAUUUCAUAAUUUCAGGCUGUACAAGAAGCAUUGGAUCGAGCUCGAGAAGGCCGUACAUGUGUCACCAUCGCACAUCGUCUCUCGUCUAUUCAGAAUUCCGAUCUGAUUGUUUAUAUCGACAGAGGAAGAGUCCAAGAGGCUGGUAACCACUCUCAACUGAUGCAUAAGAAGGGCAAGUACUACCAGCUGAUCAAGAAGCAAGACCUUGCCGUCUGA